ACUGCCUCGUGAUCCGCAAACACAGCCGUCUCCGCUGCCAGGCGCAGCCUCCUCUGCGUGCGAGGAGCCGGAGGCUUUCGUUGCUGAGAUGGAGGGAGCCCCCCGGCCCCUGCGCCCCCGCGGCGGGGAGCACCUGCAGCGUGCGUGGGAGAAAGCCUACCAGGACCACAGGAGAAAGGUCCAGGCCGCCAGGCCGCUGGUGGACGCCGGCGCCCCACGACCCUGCCUGCACCUGCAGCUGAAACUCAAGAGGCUGCAGCUGGAGCAGGAGCGGCUCUCGGUCAUCGAGAGGGACAACCGCCUGCUGCUGGAGAAGGUGGCCCGUGUCAUGAGGACCCGGGGACAGACGGACAGCAGACACGACUCCACGCACGGGAGGAACUGAAACUGAAAUUUAGCCAGGGCACCACCAAGCCUGGGCCCUGAAAGAGAAGUGGGGACGGUUCAGAACAUGAGCUGGGGAGGCAGGCGUCCGCGAAACGGUGGCGGAGAAAACCAGGAGGGCCACCAAGGAGCUCCCCGGUGGCGAUGCUGACCAGCGGCCCCCACUCUCCUCACUCUGCCGCUAUCAGCCCAGAGCAGCUGUGCGGUGCCCAUGGCCUAACCGCAUGUUUGGACAAUGUUCUUGGCCAGAUGAUGCAGCACAGCUAUUUUUUGCGCCGCUUGGGCUGAUAAUGGAAAACAAAUUAUGCAGAGUAAUAUUCAGAGUUAAGGGAUUUUGCAUUCGAUCUUUUUCCUCCGGCUAUUAAUACUUAGUAUGUGGUACCGCGUUUGGAGCUAUGGGGGCUUUGCUCAUCAUCCCCGGAUGGUUUUGCAUAAUUACCUUAAAACCCUCCGUUGCUUUAACAAAUAUCCCAAUGAAUCAGAUUAAAAUUUUCCAACAUGACGAAGUUAUAGUUCGACUCUGACUCUGACAUAACCUAAGACGUGAAAAGGACCCAGUGAGUCUUGGUGAGGGAAAUCACGGGCCCAUCUGAGCUCUGAAGACCUGU